CAACGAGCACUCUUGGCGAGAUCUCUCGCCUCAUCGCCGCAUUCCACGACGCCCGAGACCCGUUCUUCUUCACAAGCUCCAGCUUUAGCCGCGCGCAGAGCAGCAUAAGUGAUGAGUACAUGUACUUUCGUCCGGCGAGCGGAUACGUCCAACCGUCUCAUUGUAGUCGAAGCUCUCCACCAUCUGCAAAGCGCUAGUGUUGCCCUCAAGAGGCUCCGAAGCUGCCGCCCACUCGCCCUCAUCGCUGCAUGCCACUACGCCAGCGCUCAAGCAAUGAGUCUUCGUCGAUCGAGCAGCAUAUUGCGAAUCUCGCGGACGCGGUGGAUUCCCUCGACGGGACGAGGUCGGAGUUCCUGUCAGCCGAGCGGGCCUCGUGCUGUCACCCACCUCCUCGUCCCCUCCUGCAGCACAUCUCGACGUCGUAGCCCUAGUCAACACACGUCGCGCGCGUCAUCUUCAAGAGUCUGCGCUUGCUAAGCCUCACGCAUCGCCUGCCGGUCGAGCUCAGCCCUGAAGCGACGAAAGUCCGUUCGUCGAGUGGGAUGAUGCGAAUCCCGCGGGAAGAGGCGAGGCGACGUAUCGCCGCCCACCGACCGAGGCUCUCGCAGGUGCUAUCACCCUUUCCGAAGCCGUCAACAUCUCACCCACGCCUUCGCU